UCUCUCACUUUUCUUUUCCUUUCCUGGAAAGGGUGGUUGUCGGUGGACAAGGCUGCAGUGUGGCAAAGGUGGCUUCCUUCUGUUGCAGGGGCAAUGAGGAGAGAGAUUAUAGCAAGGCGUAGCUCAGAUCUGGAGGGCAGUAAGGGCAUUCUUUGAGAAAUAUUUUAAACUGGGCCUGAAGGGCAGAGUAAAGGAUAUUGGGUGGUCUUCCCUGCUUUCUGUACAACUGGUGCAAACCUUCUUUAAUGUUUGAAGAGGAUAACCACCCAAGAAGUUUCCACUUUUUCUCUAAAAAGAUCUGUUGGGCUCCCUCAGAAGCGGCUCAAGUGCUUAAUUAAUCUGGGAAAUGAUGGGGGAAAUGGAUUUAUAAUACUUUUAAAGCCCUUUUCUAGGAAAUAGGCCUGAGCUGUGGUUACUGCAAGACUGAACUGGGUUAUUUCAGUGGGUUCAGCUCUUCCCUUUCCAGAGAAUGUCCUCCUUUUUCACGCCCUGACCCCCACCCCCAACCCAUCUCCAAAGUCUCUUGUUUUUAAAAAGCCAAUAAUUGUGGAUUGAGAGGAUGUUGAAGCUGGUUCUGAGGGGCCCUUAAGCUUUAACAUGUGAAACGUGGCGAAGCCGCACAGGCAUCAUGUCUAGCCUGGAGAAAGAGGAGCUUUGCCAAGCUAUUGUCCACUACCUCAAAAGUAUUGGGGUUCAAAUCCCACAUUGGAAGACCAAUUCAAGUCAGGAGAAAGUGGCGUCUGCUUCAUCCCAUGGUCUGUUCGGCGUUCCGUUGCAGCUGCUACCCCUUUCGGAGCACAUAAAGGGGGUGCCACAGUUCCUCGUGAACGCCUGUGAACUCCUCCGAUCGCAUCUUCACGUUGAAGGUCUCUUCCGGAAAUGCGGCUCAGUAACCCGCAUCAAAGCUUUAAAGGCCCGGCUGGAGGCUGGUGAGAACUGCCUCGAGAUGGCUCUCCCCUGCGACGUGGCCAUCCUCAUCAAGCAGUUCCUGCGGGACGUGCCUGAGCCCCUGAUCCCAGCCCCGUUGCAGAGUCCCCUUUGCCAGGUCCAGCAGCGAGAAGAUGCCAAGCUUCGGGGCCCGCUGACCAUCCUGCUCACCUGCCUGCUCCCCCAAGGAAGCACAGAUACGCUGCGGUACUUCUUCCGUUUCCUGCAGGAUGUGGCAGCCAGGUGCCUGCAGAAUAAAAUGGACUUGGCCAACCUGGCCGUCGUCUUCGCCCCCAACCUCUUCUCCGGCGGGCUUUGUGGCAAGUUGGAUGGCAGAGCUGAGGAGGAGCUGCAGAGGCAGGUGGCCGUGGUCCAGGCGCUGAUCAGCCGCGCCUCUGAGAUUGGCACAGUCCCCCAAACUCUCCAGGAGAAAGUGCAGUCUGCCUUUUCAGACAUGGAAAGCAAAAGAAAGACCCCUUCAGGGCCAGAGGAUGCUGCAGACAGAGAUGCAGGGAGGAGGAGGAAGCGACUCAGACGGCGCAGCGUGGGUGACAUUGUCAUCGAGACCCUGAGCAAAUUCAAGUCAGGGAGAGCCCUUUGUGUGGUUCCUGGCCAGGAGAUCCAGGAGGAUUCCUUGUGUAAUACAGCUCCGAGAACCUCUUUCAGCUCCAAGCGAAAAGCUUCUGAUGAUGCUUUCUGGGCUGCUGAGCUUUCAUCCAAAAAGAGGCGGUCUGGGUUGGAUUCAGCCAGCUCUGAUCCCUCUGAGGAUGCUGGAGACCCGUUUGAUCAGUGCUCAGCUGCAGGGACCGGGCAAGCUUCUAGAAGCCCUGACCUGGUCCUCUCCAGCAGUACCCUGAACGUGGUCUCUGAUGCAGGCAGUCCCCGGAUCCCACCUGUGAAGCUCCAGAGGAAACGGAGCAGCUGCAGAAAACGUCCUCAGAGGAAACAUUCCGUCCGCACCCACCACCCCAGCAGCUCGCCUGCCCCUUUUGAGCGGAAAGGCACAGGGCACAAAUCCCUGCGCAUCUUUUCCCGACACAGCAAAGACCUGGCAAGUCCCUCGGAGCAAUCUCUUUCUGCCUCUCCCAAGGCUGUGGAGCCGAGUGGCUGGCUUCUGGUGAAGAGGAUGGUGACGGAGGCGCUGGAAGGCCCCACAUCCCAACAGAGAGGGGGCCCACUGCCUUCCUCCAAGCCCAAGGGAAGCGGAAAGGGAUCUCCCCAACUGCCGUGUGACGAAGACCUUCGUGCCCCUCUCUGGGCAGACCCAGAGGUCUCCGUUGCAGCCGUGAAAUGCCAACACACCGCUGGGCCGUGCCCUUGCCUGGGUGGGCUUGCCCCUGGGCACCCAGGUGUGGAUGUGGACGGCCUGUGUGGAAGCUGCUGGGGGCUGCUGGGAAAGGCGGAGGGUGCGGUGGGGGAGGCCGGGCCGCUGGCGUCUCCCCCCAGGCACCGCAGAGUUCUGCGCCGGUCGCUGAGUUGCCCUGAAGACCUCUCAGCGGGGGAUGCUGCUGCCGAAGGAAGGGGUUUCUCUCCGGAUGAGACACUGCUUAGCCCCGGAGGAGACGAAGCCCAGGAGUUGGGCCGGGUCGAGCCAACUCCGCCAGGAGUGGAAGUGCUCGUGGCCGGCAUGAGGCAACUGAGUAUCCCCGCGGCGGUGUGUGUCACGCUGGCAGACCACUCGGUGGCCAGCGGCCCCGAAAAUGGGCCUUGCCGUGGGCCCCGAAGCCCCUCCCAGCUGGACCUGCCUGAGGCCCACCCCACCCCAGCCGGCCGCCUCCACCACCUCGGCGAGGCCCCCCCAACCCGCCUGAAGCGCUUGGCCCUCGCCUUCCAGCCUCCUCGCCUGUCUGCCUCCUCCCAGACUAGCCAGGGGCAGGGCGGUGCCGGACUCAGCCCCCCGAAGCGGAAGCGGGGUCGCCGGUUUGAGCGGUCACUGAGUCACGAGAGCGGCCUGCCCCUCCAGGCGGGGGCGGAGACGCUUGCUGGCCAUGCCAAAAAGAGGGGGGCCACCGGGCUGGCCCCCAAGAGCCCCUUGGAGACUUUCAAGGCCUAUGGCAGGCAGCUCUUCGUCACCCGCAAGCACUUUGUGCUGUCCUUGGCGGCUGGGCUGCGUGGCAAGAAGGAGCCGCGGCCCCCGAACCCUCAGGACACCGAACCGUCGGCCGUACCUCCCCAGGACCCGCCGCCAGAGCGCCUGCCAGCAGGAGGACCGCGACAGAAGCAUCGCUCCCCGGAAGCCGCCUUGGCAGAAAUGCAGCUCACGGCUAGCCACGAUUCGCUGGAUUUCUAGCAGAAGCCGGGCCUGGCUACUGAGCCGGCCACAGCUGACCUUCCAGCCUCCGUAGGAUGGUUAUUUCAUCUCUGGCUCCUCUUAAGGGCGAAUCAAUCACGAGACUGGCCUUGAUCUGUCAUGUCCAAUUCUGUCCUGUCUCACUGUAGACUUUGGCACAAGUGUGUGUAUGUCGGGGGGGUGGAUUUAAGGUGCAGAAAUCCGGAAGAUCCUUUAAAAUCAUACGGUUUCUCCUGCCCUGGCAAUGACUUCCUCUUAACAAGAUCCGACUUCUGCCACCUUCCUCACUCUGUUCUGGCAUCCCAGACUCCUUUUCUCCCUCUGCGCUGUUUGUAUUUUCCUGCUCCUUUCCCCUGCUGCUCUUAAUGCAAAGUUGUUGCAUAAUUCUUUCUCCUGAUCCCGACGUUCAAAAGUGUGUGUGUUUAGUAACCUUCCAGCAACCCCAAAUCAACGACCUCUGGCAACCUCCAAAGAGGUUAUCUAUCCUAUCAGCCUGGGCAUUUUAGACUCAUGAACUUCCUCCACCCUUUGGACAAUGGGAAGACACGGCACCAGGGACGGAUUCCAAGGCAGCCAAUGAGAAGUUUGAAAAUCACGGUUUGGUGUCUGAGAACUGCUCUUGUCUUUCAGUUUGUAGCAAAGGGGUUAUAGUUUUGCUUGGUUCAAUGCUAUCCCACCCACUCCCCGGAAUUAUUGAUAGUUAGGAAAAGUCUUGUCCAGGAGUGACCCACUGGAAGCUCUCCAGCUAUUGGACUGCAGUAGGAAGCUGGGGAUGAUAGGAGUUGUAGUCCAGCAGCUGGAGAGCCUCGAGCUUGACCACCUUUGGACUAGAGACUGAAGAGAGACAAUUCCUCUAUCAUCCUGUCUGGUCCCAUGUGUUUAUGUGUGCCAGUUUCUUUAAUUGUCCACUAGGGGGCAUUGAAGUGCCUCCCUCGUUUCCAAUACACGAUAUAUGUAUAUUAUGAUUUUUAAAGGUUUUUAGAAGUGCAUAUUUGCAUCUUGUGUGCCUUCUAAUUCUAACACUAAAUAAUUAAAAGCAAGAAAUACUA